UUUAUUUUUGAGCAGCAUCAAGAAGGAACUGAGGUGGUCGUGUUUCUCUUCUUGAUUUAGUGAGCAGUUUCCACCAAAGCAUGGGGCUGUUUGGACAGACCCCGAAGAAAACCCCUAAGGAACAAGUUUAGGCCGAUCACAACAAAAACAACAUAAUUGAUCACCUCCCUAGCUACAGGUAGCCUGCGUGCAUUCGGUAAACGCAAGCUUAACCUCUGGUAAGGGAGUGGUGUGCUACGGUCCGCAAAGAGAACAGACAGCUGGACCGACAAAUCAGAGCCAUUCAGAAUGAAGAGAUGAAAGUAAAGCGUUCAAUAAAAGAUGCAGCCAAGAGAGGUGACAAGGAUGUUUGUAACAUUCUAGCCAAGGAAAUAAUUCAGUCAAGAAAAGCAGUCAACAAGAUGUACUCCUCAAAGGCACAGCUCAACUCAGUCGAGAUGCAAAUGAAAAAUCAACUUGCAACAUUACGUAUGGCUGGCGCUAUGGAAAAGAGCACUGAGGUCAUGUCAAUGAUGCAAAAGCUGGUGAAGCUUCCAGAAAUACGACAGACAAUGAUGGAAUUGUCCAAAGAAAUGAUGAAGGCUGGUAUUAUUGAGGAGAUGGUGGAAGACACUUUUGAGGGGAUGGAAGAAGAUGACAUGGAGGAGGCUGCUCAAGAAGAGGUUGACAAGAUCCUCUUUGAAGUCACAGCAGGUGCAUUGGGUGCAGCAGGCCACGUCACAGAACCACUACCGACUGUGGAGGGUGCGUCAGCAGAUGUUGAGGUAGAGGAAGGCGACAUGGAUGAGAUGAGAUCCAGGCUGGAAGCCUUAAGAAGCUAGAAGGUUGACGUUAAGUCACUAGAUAAAUGCUUGAGAACCCAGAGCUUUCUUUCAUCGCCAGUAGGGCCUUUGUGGAGCAUCUGCAAAGACCUCUGGGUGUCCAAGCGUACACCAGAUAUGGAUCCUUCAAUUUUUUGUAUUACAGUUCAUCAUUCUAUAUUACAGUUCAUCAUUCUGUAAUCUUUCCGAUGAUAGGUUGGUCAUCUCAUAUAUGGACAUCUUUAUUUUUAUGCGCAAAACUUUAUUUUAGACUUCCUAAAAGUGGAAAGUCUAAAAAUAUUUUGGAGAGUAGACUUUUUAACCAAAAUAGCAUAGGAUUUCUAACCUUGUUAGUCAUUACUGUAUAAAAUUGUGUAAAUGUUGUAAUUUUGUCUUCAAUUUAUCAUUUUAUCAAAUAAAUUAAAAAUGCUUCAUCAUUGUCAGGCAUGACAGGUUAGGCCGGACAUAAGAGAUGUGAAUAGUCCCUAGAAUCCAUAACUUAUAUUCAAUGUGUCAAACGAAUCAAUCUUGUCAUUAACAUUUCUAGUAGGUAACACUGACAAUAAAUGUAAAUAUUAUCCAUCAUAA